AUGGAGAGGGCUGGAGACGUCAACGAGCCACAGACUCGCAUGGGCGCAGGCCAUCCGGAUCGCAUCCGGUCCCUGGCGGACUCUGCCGAGGCUGCCGCGGCCGGCCUUGAGGAUGCCAAAAGCGCCUUGGAGCAGGAGGAGCAACAAACCGAGCAGCUGCGGCAGAAGGUAUCCCACCAGGAGUCAGAGCUGGAGAGAUUACAAGGCGAGCUGCGGAGCCUGGAGGCUCACGCUGCAGAGGAGCGGGGCGCGCGCCAGGCACAGAUCCAGCGGGAGGAGGCACUUCGCUCUGCGGUGGAAGAUGCCAGGAGGGAACAGGAGGCCGGUCUCUCGGCUCCGCCUUGUGCCGAGAAGUCGGGUCUUGCAUCGUGA